AUGGCCUCUGUCAAAGUCGCAAUAGUGGGCGCGAGCGGUGAAACAGGGCAGUCCAUUGUGGAAGGGUUGCUUAGUUCGUCCAGCCCUAAGUUUGAGAUUACCGCACUCACACGGCCCGAGUCGAUUGACAAACCAGUCAAUGCCAAUCUGAAAAGCAGGGGGAUUACUGUCGUUCCUGUGAACUUGAGCGGGCCACCGGAGCAGCUCGUGCAAGCUCUCGCUGGCAUCGAUGUGGUCAUCUCCGCUAUAUACUUUGGGAGCCUUGCGGAAGAGAUCCCGCUGGCCAAUGCGGCCAAGGCUGCAGGCGUGAAGCGGUUUGUCCAGUCCGCUUUUAUGAUUGUGGUACCUCCGAGAGGGGUUGUGGACUUUCGGGAGAAGAAAGAAGAGAACCUGAACCAUAUCCAGAAAAUUCGCCUCCCUUACACGUACCUCGACGUGGGCUGGUGGUUCCAGAUAACGCUUCCCCGUCUGCCUUCGGGCCGCAUUGACUAUAUUCUCCCAUCGACCCAGCCCGAUCUACCCAUUGGGCUGGAUGGAAACGUGCCGAGUGCUCUGGCCGAUAUCAGGGAUGUGGGACGCUAUGUCGCUCGGGUAAUUGCAGACCCACGCACUUUGAAUAAGAAAGUGCACGUCUAUAAUGAGAUUUACACGAGGAACCAAGUGUAUGACUUGCUGGAGAAGCUGAGCGGAGAAAAGCUUGAACGCAGAUAUAUGUCCGAGAGAGAUGCGGAUGCACGCAUUCAGGAGGCUCGCAGUGCACUCAAGAAGGAACCAACCGAUCCCAGUGCAUUAGCCGCACUCAUAACGUCCCAGCUAUUCUUUUCUUGGGGUAUUCGUGGGGACAAUACCCCCGAGUAUGCUGAGUACCUCGGGUAUCUCAACGGCAAGGAUUUAUAUCCAGACUUUAAGUUUACCAAACUGGAGGAAUAUGUCAAAGAGGUCCUGGAAGGAAAGGCAAAGGGCGUUUACCAGAGUUUCUCUAAAUAA